AUGAGGGACUUGGAGAAGCAUGUGCUGAGACCAGGCCGUAAACCUUGCAGUGCCUUUGGCAUUCCAGAAGAUUUGGAGAGUUGGAAAAGAUUCUCUGAUCUAAAAUCAACAAUCUACUCGAAGCCUCGAUUGGCCACAUUUUGGCACUAUGCCAAGGUUGAGCUGGUUUCUCCAACCCCUGCUGAGAUACUUACAGCGAUUCAAAGCCUGAAAAAAAUAAUCCACAGUGCUCAGACUGGUAGCUUCAAACAGCUCACAGUUAAGGAAGCUAUGCUGAAUGGCUUGGUGGCCACAGAGGUGUGGAUGUGGUUUUAUAUCGGAGAGAUCAUAGGCAAGCGUGGCAUCGUUGGCUAUAAUGUUUAAAGACCAAUCUUUAACAUUGAUUUAUUAUUUGUAUGGUUUUGGACCAUGUGUGUUGAAACUGUUAUCUGAAUAAAAUAUGUCAAAAA